AUGAAGUUUGUCGCAUUAAGUGGUGGUGCAAUGGAGAAAUAUCGCUUGAACUUUCUUACGAAUUCGAAUAUCUACACACCGAGGGUAGGAAAAGUGUUGAGCUUUUUGCGAUUUUGCUUGUCCAACGAUUGUGGGCAUUCUGAUGAAAAACGAGAGUUGAUUUACGGAGUAUUCCCUCCUAAAUUUAUUCAACAAACUCGAUUUUUGUACUCGAUUAUUUCUUUGUCUACUUUGCAAACUACACUAAAUUCGAUUCUUAUAUCUCACUUCCUUUUAUUUGCGAUAUUUUGUAUCCACUUCCGAUUCUACAACACUGAAACAGGAUUCCUCCUUUCUAGAAAUACAAAGGAGUUGACUUGGUUAAAUAAGAAAAGGAAGUUGCUUACUUUCUUGUCAGCUUUGGAGCCUAGUCUUUCACUACAGGAGUUGACUUGGUUAAAUAAGAAAAGGAAGUUGCUUACUUUCUUGUCAGCUUUGGAGCCUAGUCUUUCACUACAGCUUAUUUUGUGCAUCCUUUAUUUCGCUUCCCUACAUUCAGGUUUCCCCGGUGGUCUGGACAAAACCUUUCUAUUUUCUUCUUUUUAA